GUUUUUGUCAUUGUUUUGUGACAUUACGCCCGCUAUCAGUGGGUGAUUUUCUCGAUUCUGCUUUUCGCCUGUGAUGCACUUCUAGUUGUUUUUCUGGAAAAUUGGCCGCGGUUUUGAUGUCACAAUGGAGUACCUCAGGUCGGCGUUCAACUGUUUAGCGAAUUUGUGCAGUUGUCUCGAUUGCUCGGAGGAUUCAAGUGGGCAGGGUUAUGAACCAAAUGAGCGGACCCACUUGCUGGUGGAUCCUGUCAGCAAUAGCCCAGCUCUACGCAGAACCAACUCGGAGAGUUUUAGCAAUGAAUAUUCACAGUCGCUGCCGAAGAAAGACGAGCAAACUGCGCUCAAUCGGAUCAUCCAAGAUACUGCGAUUAACAUUAUUGAUGUAGCGGCGAUGGAUUCACACAACUUGGAGCCGCAAGAGUAUCAUGAUCGGGUGAAGCUGUACUAUCAGAAGCUACAGCAACAGUGGAGCAACGUCCAGCAUCCCAGCAACUCUCCCACAGGCCUUUUGCGGGAUAUACCGAAUCCAGAAUUGUUUCUCACUGCAUCGCCGAUAUCAGCCCCCGACUUAUCUCUGAUUAAAAGUGCCGUAGACAGAGCAAAGUUGGCGCUCGAAGACAUCAAAAUCGAACACAAAGAGGAUCUAAUUGUGCCUUUCAAUAUACACGAUUCCACGCAAUCGAAUUUCACCUCAUAAAUAAACAGUGCUGCUGCUAAAUAUUGGGAAAGUCAAGGCUGUAGAUGUUGAUACGUUGUUGGGCGAAAGUAGAAUGCGAAGGCGAUAACCGUCGGCAAAAGGAUCUAUGAACAAUUGGAUGCGAAAUUCUGAGAGAGUAUAUGGAAGCGUAACAUUUUUUUGAAAAGUGUGUGCUGAAUAAAGACUAACAUUUAAGCUUAGCGGAAAUGAGGGAGAGGUCAUUUAUGCCAUGUGAAAAAAAGUUGCGUGUCAUUUGCUAUGCAAUUUCUCUCUAAAAAUAUCCUAUUGAUUUUUUUAUUUUAUGUAAAUGUGAAAGAAAUUAUUCAAGAGGUUUCUAUAUGUAUGUAUAUGUAUAAUGUUCGAUGGUAAUAAAAGAAUAUAUAAUAGA